GGAAAAGGAAAAAACAAAGUGCCUAAGGAAUCUGCCUCCAAGAAGUCAGGAAAUAGAAUGGAUUCCGCGAACAGACGCUUAACCACUGAAGAAGAAGACUCCAUCAUAGUUUCAGCUCUCCAACACGUUAUCUCAGGUAGCAACAACACCAUGCCAAUCCUCCAGGAUUCGGCUUCCACUUGUCCCGUUUGUAAUAUGGAUUCUGUGGAUUGUCUCGGCUGCAACUACUUCGGGUUUAACCAAGAACAAGAAUCCGGUGGAGGAGUGGGAGAAGGUGCAAGAAAGAGUAAAAGAACGAAGAAGAACCAGUACAGAGGAGUUAGACAAAGGCCGUGGGGGAAAUGGGCGGCGGAGAUUCGGGAUCCAUGGAGAGCAACACGCGUGUGGUUGGGUACUUUCAACACGGCAGAGGAGGCAGCCGCGGCUUACGACACAGCUGCAAUCAGAUUCCGUGGACACAAAGCGAAAACUAACUUCCCAUUAUCCAACUAUACACCAAUGCGGAUUACAGAGAACAAAAAGAUGGAAGGAUAUAAGCCAGACCAUGGAGCAGAGAGCAGCAGCAGUAGGCUGGCAGAGGAAGAGAACAAUAACAAGCAAGUGAAUGAUGAUUCCUUCGAGCUCGAUGAGGAGGAUUAUCUUCUAGAUUAUACGUCGAUGGAUGAUUGAAUAUUUCUGGUCAAAUAUAGAGAUAGCGUUGAAUCCAGAUUGAAUAUUGUAUCCAUUGCUAGUGAUGAUUGUUUCUUUUGGGUGCUUACUGCAGUUGUAGAAAAUGGAAAAGAUAAAUAAGAAGAUCUCUCUACGUGGACUUCUGAGCAAGUAAACUCUCAGAGGAAAUCUCCAUUAAAAGGUUUCAGAUUUGAGUUCAUGGAUGGAGGGAGGGAGAGAUUGUGAGAAAGUAUGGAUGUUAUCUUUCACUGUGUUGUAUCAUUACAAGGGUCAGCAGUGUACCGUUGUUGUUUUGGUGUCGUCUUUCCUUAGUUCUCUAGGCGUUUUUCUUCUCAAUCGUGCAUACGCACUCGGAACUUUUCAUAGUUUUCGCAUAACCUUAUCUAAAUUUAUUUCCAAACAAAAAUAAA